AUGAUCAAUCCUUUCCACAAUCAGCAGCACGCUAUUUGUGUCAAGGAUGGCAGCAACUUUGUGAUGUCGUUCAAGCUAGCGGGGAAUUACACCUUUAAAGGAGAAGCUGACAAGGAGAGCCGGUCAGGAUCUGCGUAUGUCAGUAACGACAUCAUUCAGCCAAACACCUGCUACAAGGACGCCCAAGAUCACGUUCCUCUUGCAUACGCAGUUGUGAAGAACUUCCUCUCAGCCAAUGAGGUGCAGCAAUUGAAAAAAUGGUUUGUCGAAAGGACAGUUCCCGAGAUCAAGAGAACAAGUUUUGACGGGGAGGACCUCAACAACAACGAGAACUACAGUAAUCCAAUCUGUUUGGUUUGCAAACUUCCACAACCUGCACGCAACACAAAUCAUCCAUCAAGUGAAUCGGAACCCACGGUGUGCCAGCUCUACGGGUGCCCUGACCCUUUCAAGAAGCAAUUCCCAGGCGUCUUCUCCCGCAUCAUCGCACAGAAGAACAGCUUCGGCAGACUGAUCGGGCUGUGCCAGGAAGAACUUGACAACGUCAACUUUGCUCAAGACAUCCGCUACGUCACCUACCGCAAGGGGACCUCCUGCCCAUGGCACCGUGAUGAUCCUACUAGCCACUUCAACACCAUCAUGAUGAUUUCGGAGCCCGGUAAAGACUUCGAAGGAGGAGUUCUUCAGUUCCAUCCCACAAGCGAUCCAACAGACAUCAAUCUUGAGAGCGGGGACGCCGUUAUCUACAGCACUCCCAAGGUUGACCACGCAGUAUCUGAGGUGACGGAGGGAGUUCGAUCGAUCUGUCUGGUGGAACUGAAGCUUGAGCGGCUUGCGAAAAACAAUUGGAUGUGA